UCGGCGUGCUCGCACCCUGAACUUGAACACCCGGCCACCGGUCAGGCAGCGGAGGGAGGCAUGGGGUGCGACGACAAGUGCGGGUGCGCGGUGCCGUGCCCCGGCGGCAAGGACUGCCGGUGCGCGUCGGCGAGCGGCGGGCAGCGGGAGCAGCACGCGACGUGCACCUGCGGGGAGCACUGCGAGUGCAGCCCCUGCACGUGCGGGCGUGCCACUCUGCCGUCCGGCCGGGAGAACAGGAGGGCCAACUGCUCCUGCGGGCCCGCCUGCAACUGCCCCUCCUGCAGCGCCACGGCCUGACCGAUCCAUGCGCGGCCCGAAGCUGUGAAGCUCUCGUCUGGUAGAGUCGCCCCGUCUAGACACACUCCAGCUGGAGCUGGAAGCUCGCAUGUUAUAGUCGCAUCUCUUAGUGUUAAAAGGGUAAUAAAGGGCUUGUGCAAGUUCAGG